AUGGCAAAUAAACUGAAAGUGAGGCAAGGAGAACCAACUCUGGUGCCACCUGCAGAAGAAACGAAAAAGGGUCUCUACUUCCUUUCAAACCUUGACCAGAACAUAGCACAUCAAGUUCGCACAGUUUACUUUUAUAAGUCUGCAUGUAGAGGCAACGAGGAUGCAGCACAAGUCAUCAAGGAUUCUUUGUCCAAGGUUCUUGUUCACUAUUACCCUAUGGCUGGCAGGUUAGUCAUCAGUUCCGAAGGGAAACUUAUUGUGGAUUGCACAGGUGAGGGUGCUGUGUUUGUUGAGGCUGAAGCAAACUGUGUGGUAGAGGACUUGGGGGAUUUGACAGAGACUGACCUUGAAACUCUUGGGAAAGUGGUUUAUGAUAUCCCUGGUGCAACCAACAUACUUGAGAUACCUCCUUUGCUUGUUCAGGUAACAAAGUUCAAAUGUGGAGGAUUUGUUUUGGGGGUAAACAUGAACCAUUGCAUGACUGAUGGUAUAAGUGCGAUGGAAUUUGUGAACUCAUGGGGAGAGACAGCAAGAGGGUUGGACUUGAGCGUUUCACCAUUUCUAGACCGAACAAUACAAGGAGCACGAAACCCUCCCAAAAUAGAGUUUCCACACCACGAGUUUGAUGAAAUUGAAGAUAUAUCAGAUGACAGAAAACUCUACGAGGAAGAGAUCCUCUACAGGUCCUUCAACUUCGACCCAGAUAAGCUUGAACUGCUUAAGAAAAGAGCCACAGAAGAUGGUGUUGUGAAGAAGUGCUCCACUUUUGAAGCACUCACAGCUUUUGUGUGGAGAGCUAGAACUGAAGCAUUGGGGAUGCACCCUAAUCAACAAACGAAGCUACUUUUUGCUGUUGAUGGAAGGUUCAGGUUCGUGCCUCCAACACCAAAGGGGUACUUUGGAAAUGCCAUUGUGUUGUCCAAUGCUAUAUGCAAGGUAGGGGAAUUGCUGGAUAAGCCACUGUCACACACUGUUGGAUUGAUUGGCAAGGCAAUUGACAUGGUCACAGACAGUUACAUGAGAUCCGCUAUUGAUUAUUUUGAAGUCAAAAAAGCAAAGCCUUCGUUAACAGGAAGCCUUGUGAUCACAACAUGGACUAGGAUACCUUUCAACACUGCAGAUUUCGGAUGGGGAAAGCCCUUUUUUUUCGGCCCUGUAACCCUUCCAGGAAAGGAAGUCAUUUUGUUCUUAUCACCCAACAAUGAAGAAACAAAAGGCAUAAACGUGCUACUUGGUUUGCCAUCUUCUGUCAUGAAAACGUUUGAAGCACUGAUGGAGAUCGAUAUGAAUUAA